ACUUAGAUUGGUAUGGUGGGUCCUAAAAUACUUAAUUAGGUAACUUCAUUAAAUAAACGUCUAAUUAAUGCAAAGGUUGUAAAGAAUUAUUAUUUACUGAAUCUCAUUUAAUAUCUGUUCAUCGUUCUGUUGCUUGGAUAUUUGCGUGUUUAACUUGAAUCUUCAAAAUGAAAAUUUUCGGUGUGAUUGGCUUGAUGAUAAUUUCGUGGUGCUUCAUCGUGUAUGCUGAGGAUACAGAUGAAAGUACAACUACAGCAACCCCCGCCGUAAACUCUUCGGACAGUACUCGUUUUGAACUACCUGCAAGCUUCAACAAAGACUUCUUGAAUAAUCUCACUACCGAACAAAAUGUGACUGAAAAGUUCCAAACCGACGAAUACAGUCUCGAUUACCAAAGAAUUGCUGGCGGAGAUGUUCACUUCACGUGGAAGAAAGGAAACGACUCGGUUGAAAUGCAUUUCAGACUUUCAGACGGAAAUGUAGGUCAAAACUGGAAUCUCACAGGAGGUGCCAUUAAUAUUAGUUUAAUCGCGACUCCGGCUGGUGAUAAGGAACAGAGUUGGGCUUUCGGUAAUUAUCAAUAUUUCUAUAAAAAUUUAGCAAAAGGUGGUUUCUCUAAUAGAUGGAUCGCGAAAGGUAUUCCGUUCGGUAGUGGUAUUAAAACACAAGAUUGGGAAUCGUUGGGAAUUUUCAAAAACCUUAUUAACGAAUGGUGUGAUAAAAAUUCAUUUUUAGUCAAGGAACGUAAUAAAUGUGUCAUUUAUUAAUUAGAGCUUAGAAGUACGUGUACCUAUCUAUUUAUAUCGAUGCAAUAAUUUGAAACAUAUUUUAGGAUGAGUGUCAUUCUACCUACCUAUUCUUAUUGUUUGAUAUGUAAAAUACAUAAAUAUAAAGCCCCAUAGAUUGAUUUUAACAAUCAUGUAUAAAUUUAAUUAAAGAAUGUUGAAAGAUA